AUGUCUGUCAUUACCAUCCAGAAGGGCCCCAUCCAAUUGGCUGGCCUCAUCCACAAGCCCACCGCAUCUGGCUCUAAAUAUCCAGCUCUCAUCGUUGUGCACCCUGGGGGUGGUGUCAAGGAGCAGACUGCAGGCCUUUACGCAAAGAAGCUUGCCCAGAACGGCUUUGUGGCUGUCUGCUACGACGCCUCCCACCAGGGCGAGAGCGGCGGCGAGCCUCACUUCCUCGAAGACCCCUCUCAACGCGUUAGCGACGUCUGGAGUGUCGUUGACUACCUCGAGAAACUUGAUUACGUUGACUCCGAUAAGAUCGCCGUCGUCGGUAUCUGUGCAGGGGGUGGUUAUGCGACCGCUGCCGCCAAGGUCGACCACCGCCUAAAGGCCCUCGCCACGAUCAGCAUGGUCAACAUUGGCGACUCAGCACGUCUGGGCUGGGACGGCGACGAAGACGCGAAACAAAAGGUUGAAGCCUUCGACAUGGCAGCCAAGCAAAUCACAGUUGAAAACAACGGAGCCGAGCCCGCGGCUGCACCCUACGUGCCUCCCCAGCUGGACGACAAGACUCCUGCUGAUAUGAAGGAGGCUCACGACUACUACCUCACCCCGAGAGCCCAACACCCUCGUGCUUGUAACAAAAUGUUGAUUCGGAGCUUCCCGCUAGUGUUGACGUUUGAUGCCUUCCACCUGGCGGAUCUUUACCUGACACAGCCUACUCUGCUUAUUGCGGGUGCGAAGGCAGGCUCCUUAUGGCACACUGAGAAGCUAGAUAAGCUGAUUGGAGGUGCUACGAAGAAGGUGGUCGUUCCCAAUGGAACGCAUAUGGACUUCUAUGAUCAGGAGAAGUAUGUUGAUCUGGCUGUCAAGAAUGUUUCCGAGUUUAUGGGCGAGAAGUUGUAA